CUGGCAGACGUGGCAUUGUCAUGUCCAUGUGAGACAUCCAGAGGAAAUCGGCUUCUGGCAGGUGUUUCCUGUGUCUCACACGAGCUGGCAGGGUCGCUGCAGCCUGCUCUGUCAUUCUGAGUAAGGAAGACUUAUGGCAAAAAGAUACAGCGUUUGCUCAGCCUGCCUUCUUGAUAAUUGCUUUGUGGUUGCUGUUUGUUUUUGCUUUCAGAGCUGGCUAACCCAAAAAUACCCUCUGGCACAGGAAAAUAGAUAAAAAACUCCACGCAACCAAACAACAGAAACUUGCCCAGCUUAGCAAAGAAAGGUUGGAACUCCCAAUUUUUAAUAAGACUAAAAAGUUUUACUACUCUUUGACCUUGUAAUUUUUCCCUGCACCCUGUCAAGGGUACAGCUGCCCACCUGUGAAUGGUGUUUUCUCUAGUAGAUGAUGCUAGUGAGUGUAUUUGAGGAAGAGCUCUGACGUUUGUACUAGACUGUGUCAAUGGAGUCUCCAACCCCAUAGGUAGUUAUUUUGAAGAGACAUCACAGAGGUUUGUAGGCGUCUCUGCUUCUUAGAGGAAAUAGGAAGAUUGGAAGUGUAUGUCUGGUGCCACCCUACCUACAUUUCUUGCUAUAAAUGUUUUGUUCGCCUGAGACUGGUAGUGGGAGUGACUACAAACUGUUCUUUCUUGUAGUCAGAUUCUCAUGCGUUUCUUUACAUCAAUAUUUAGCUCCACAUUCCACGGUGAAUGCAUUCUGGUCCAUAUUCAGACAAAGCCUGACAAGAAAAACAAUAAAUUUGUGCCAGUCCCAGCCUUUUCUUCUUUUAGGAUUAGGGAUCACAGACCUUUCUCUCUGAUGAGCUUUUCACAAGCGAUGGACUGGGGACCAGGGUUAUUAUGGGACUAGUUUUCAAAGACACUCAGCUUCCUAAUUCACAGCAGUGCUUUUGGAAAUCAGAGUAGGUACCUGAAUACCACCAGCUGUGUGACCUUGGGAACUGCGUGUGAGAUAGUGAUAAUUGUCACAGCCCUUGAACUGAGUCAGUGCAGUUGCUUGGAGUUGAGACAAGGUAGCGAGAGCUACUGUAGUCCAUGCCCAUCUAAUGAGGCCAUCUUAGUUACUCCGAAGGCAGGGAAGGGAAGAGGCAGAUAUCCUGAAUACUGACACAAGAGAAGAGAGAGAAGGCGUAGUACAAUGAACUAUUAAUCGAAAGAGGAAAAAUAGAAGAGCAGACCUUCAUAUACCAUGCUUCCUCCAUCUGUUUUCACCCUCUUUCUAUUUGAAUCACACUACUGCUACAAACUUGGCAAGUACUACAUCAACUUCAGUUCCUUUUUUAUUUUUUACUUACCAAUUAGUUUUUUUCAUAGACUGAAAGCAGAAGAAACCAUUGUGAAUAAGGACUAUAUUUAUAACCUUCAGUUAGUGUAAGACUCACAUGAUAUCAUCUACUAUAAAGAUCCUCUGAGGUUCAUAUUUUACUUGCCUUGUCUUACACCAAGCAGUUUUCCUUCCUCUGGAGCACCGAUGAUAUGCUUACUACAGUCAGGUUUUCAGGAAUGUUUAUUAACCACGCACCCUUACAAACAUCCAUGUAUAUGCAGAGCUCCUUCUUCUACAGUUUAAAUGAAAACAGGACAAGGCAAACCACACAUGUAUACAUUGAAAAAGAACAUCUGUGAGGACUGCAGCAGCCUAACAAGCUUUCAGCCACAGGUGUUCCUUUUUCUCAUACUUUAAUAACCGUCCCCCAGAUGGAGGUAGUUUUGUCUUAAUGUGCUCCUAGCAAUGGUUUCUUAUACCUGUUUAAUUUCCCUAUGCUGCAGCUCUCUUUUGAAGGAAAAACAUCAAGAGACUGAUGCAGAAGAAGGACCAACUGUUCGUCCUGUUGAGAUGUCUUAUAGUCCACUGCUAAUAGAACCGACACAUCCCAGCUCUGAGAAACAGGGAGCCACCAAAAUGAGAAAAAACAGCGCUACUUCCAGACAUUUGGUUCCUCUUGAUGAUGAUAAUGAAAGCGAACAGUCAAAAUCUCUUCAAAGAAGGCGAGUUCUUCCAUCCUGGAUGUUGGAAACAGAUCUGGUUCAGAGGAUUUCUGAACCCGUAAUGGAAGGAGGUAGUAGAGUGAAAGGAGGCCAAGGAAGGGCAGGAAGUGAUAUGGAGUCUUUAGAAGUAAAUGUGCAGCAGAAAAAAAGAUCAGCUUCUGAAGAAGCUAUAGAGGAUUUUGAAGGUGGAGAGCAAGAUCAAAAGAAAAGGAGCCAUCUUUCCAUCCACAUCCCUUCGUCUCAGAAUACAUCUGGAUUUCCUCUUGAGAGUACCAUGAGAAACAUGGAAGGAAAUGGCAAGACUGGAACAAAAAACCCCGGAAGUUCUCUGCAAAGAAGUGAUAGGCAGCUGCAUAGUAAAUGUUCUAAAAGAAUAGGUCAGAUCUCCAGUAAAACAAGUAGAAUUGAGGAACCAGAAAACAAAGAGCAGAUUACUGGUUCUGCAAGCCAACAAGCACACGGGGGCAGGACUGCUCAAUAUUUUGGUGCCCAGGAAGGGAUUCUUGAGCCUGAUGCAAAUCUGGAUUACAAGACUGAGAUUUCUGAUUCAACCAGAAGUGCAGAUGCUUCAGAAAGCUCCAAACAGUUCAAGCGUAAGAGGACACCUUGCAUGUAUGGAACAGGCUGUUACAGGAAGAAUCCCAUUCACUUUCAGCAGUUCAGUCACCCUAAUGAUGAUGACUAUCAUGAAACAGAGACCGUAACUCAGGAUAACGAUGAUAACCGGCCUGAAUGUCCAUAUGGAACGGCUUGUUACAGGAAGAAUCCGCAGCACAAGCUGGAAUACAAGCACAGUGCCCCUCCAGAAACUGGAAGAAGAACCCGGCACCAAACUUCAAAGAAUGAUGAGAUAAGAAGGCAAAAGUUGGAGGCUGGGAAGAAGAGGAAUGAUCAUGGUUUUACUCAGAGGAAAAAGGGCUGUCAAGAAAGCUGGCGAUGAUGAUGACCCAAAUGAAUAUGAUCUUAAUGACAGCUUUAUAGACGAUGAGGAAGAGGAGGAGUGCGAACCUACUGAUGAAGACUCUGACUGGGAACCAAGUUCAGACGACCAGGAUAACUAAGAUGUUGAAAUGAUUUUGCAAGAGGCACAUACAUUGUUAAGACCAAAAAGUAGCUGCACAGAACAACCUUACCAACGUCCGAUCUGUUAGUGUUAAAACAUGGGUGCGCAAGGAGAGGAAUUGCUUUGAAAAUUCUUUUUUUUGCCAGUGAUGGAGGCACUACAGGAAGAUUUUAAUGGGAACAAGAGGAUUCAGCAAUGCCUUUCUUGUCCUCAUGUAUUAUUUUGGUGGGUUUUGUUUUAUUAAGUGGUGGAGCCAGAGGACUGAGCUCUCAAAGUGUUGUGGAGUUUGUUUGUUUGGUUUGGUUGGUUGUUUUUUUGUUUGUUGGGUUAUUUUACCUCAUCUAUUUCUUUUGCAAUGCUGUUAGUGUCUCUCAGUUUCAAAUACAGUUUUAAAGGUUAUUAGUACUGUGUUUUCCUGUGCUUUAAAUAAAUAUUGGCAUUAGGAAAGUCCUUUGUUUUGUUGAAACGCAACAUAAACAGCAGUAUCAUGGACUAAUUCUUGGCCAUCACUGGGAAUGUCUAAACCAUUUUUUUUAAUGUUCUUUUGAGUUAAUGCAGUUUCAAACUUCAUCAGUCUGCCACUAGCUUUUCUUUAGGCAUCAUUUAUUUGAUACUCUCGUGAUGUACAGUAGCUAAAUACAGGUUGUCUAAAUCACUUAAAUCUCCAUGUGUUGCACCACGGAUUGUCUCAACAACAGUUAUGGUUUAUUUGCUCUAAUUACAGUAGUACCUUUUUCCAUACAUGCACAUCACUGGAAUUGUGUCCAGUUCACAACAAAGCUGUAGUCUUGAUGACUUUAUUUUUGCACAAUUAAACUUGUAACACACUGGGGAAAAAA